GUGGCCGCCAUGUCGGCAUCCGACUGCGAUCCGAUCCUGACAAAGCCAGAGCCGGUGGGCCAGAGGCGGAGGGCUGGGGCGGCCCAAGAGACCAGGCGUCCACCAGACAUGGCUGUGUCGGAACCCCGGGGCUGCGACGCGAAUGAACAUGAGCAGCUGGAACCUGCCCCGAAGGACCUAUGCAAGGAUGUGAUUCUAGAGAACUACAGCCACCUAGCCUCUGUGGGAACAGAGACUCAAGCUCCUAAGCCAGACAUGUUCUCUAAGUUGGAAAAAGAAGAACCAUGUUUGAGGAAGCGGAAAAGACCCAACCAAAGUCAUCUAAGUAAAAUAACAAGACCCAAGCAAGUAGCCAGUGGAAAAGUCCAACAAGAUGAUGAACAACUAGAGAAAACCCAGAAAUCUCAAAACAAACUUAUGAAGGAAGCUGCUUUCAAGAAGAACACUUCAACUAAGAAGAAAAGCAGUGAGUGUGGUUUGCUGGAGAAAAAAUACAUCAGUAUAAAACAUGCUCCUUCAAAAAAAGACCCUCUUCUAUUUGAUUCACAUGGGAAGAGUUUGAAAAAGAAUUUAGACUUACCUGGUCUAGUAAAAGACUGUGCAAAGAAAAAUCAUGAUAUAGCUAAAGAACACAGGAAAUUAUUCAGCCAUCACUUAUCUGAUACAAAAAAAGAAAAACAUCUAGCUGGAAAGAAACAUGAGAAAUUGUACAACCAUAGGUCAUCUGAUAAGCAAGACAAAACUCAAACUGGCAAAAAACGUGAGAAAGUAGGCCACAUGAGCUCCUCUUGUACUGAGCAAGAUGAAAUUCAAAGUGGAAAGAAACAUAAGAAAUCAUCCAGCCACAGUUCUACUAAACCUGACAGAACACCAGCUUCUUUAAAACCUUAUGAAUGUAAUCAGUGUGGAAAGGUUCUCAGCCAUAAACAAGGACUCAUAGACCAUCAAAGAAUCCAUACUGGGGAGAAACCAUAUGAAUGUAAUGAAUGCGGGAUAGCCUUUAGCCAAAAGUCCCACCUUGUUGUACAUCAGAGAACUCACACUGGAGAAAAACCAUAUGAAUGUAUUCAGUGUGGAAAAGCUCAUGGUCAUAAACAUGCUCUCACUGAUCACCUAAGAAUUCAUACUGGGGAAAAGCCUUAUAAAUGUACUGUAUGUGGAAAAUCCUUCAGACACAGCUCAAACCUUAUGCAGCAUGUGAGAUCACACACAGGUGAAAAGCCUUAUGAAUGUAAGGAAUGUGGGAAAUCCUUUAGGUAUAAUUCAUCUCUUACUGAGCAUGUAAGAACUCACACCGGUGAAAUACCAUAUGAAUGUAGUGAAUGUGGUAAAGCCUUUAAGUAUAGCUCCUCCCUAACCAAACAUAUGCGGAUUCAUACAGGUGAGAAACCAUUUGAAUGUAAUGAAUGUGGAAAGACCUUCAGCAAAAAGUCACACCUAGUUAUACAUCAAAGAACUCAUACAAAGGAGAAACCUUAUAAAUGUGAUGAAUGUGGAAAAGCUUUUGGACAUAGCUCAUCUCUGACUUACCAUAUGAGAACUCAUACCGGUGAUAGUCCCUUUGAAUGUAAUCAAUGUGGCAAGGCCUUUAAGCAAAUUGAAGGCCUAACUCAACACCAGAGAGUUCAUACUGGAGAGAAACCCUUUGAAUGUGGUGAAUGUGGUAAAGCCUUUAGUCAAAAGUCACACCUCAUUGUACAUCAGAGAACUCAUACGGGGGAGAAACCCUAUGAAUGUAAUGAAUGUGGAAAAGCUUUCAAUGCAAAAUCACAACUUGUGAUACAUCAGAGGUCCCAUACUGGAGAGAAACCUUAUGAGUGUUAUGAAUGUGGGAAAGCCUUCAAACAAAAUACAUCCCUUACUAAACAUAUGAAAACUCAUUCAGAAGAGCAAUCUCAUGAAUAAAAUUAAUGUAGGAAAUCUAACAGAAAUGAAGGUUUUGUUCAACCUUAGAAAUGUUAUGAACUAGAUGAAUGUUGAAUAACUUUUAGUAAGCAGUCCCAGCUUUCCCGAAUGAGAGAGUUUAAAUAUAGAUCACAUAGAAGCAAUAGAUGAAAAUAAAAAUUUUAACUUUA